AUGAACAUGCAAUUGAUAACUUAUUUGAUUGAAAACCACGCGGCUCUGUUAAACCCUCCAAUCUCUGGGGACCUGGCCAACAUCUACAUUUUGUUCGCCUCAACCUCAAAGCAUGAAUCAGCUGGGAUGAAGCAGCAAGAGGCAAAGUUGGCCGCAUUCUGGAAAGAGCUAAAAGAUAUCGCAGACCUAUGCCCAGGUUGCUUCAUUUUUGCCUCAACAGGCUAUGGUUCCGCGGCGCUAAGCAGCCGCGAUGUCACCGUAGAGUACAUUGACAUUCAGGCCCUGAGAAUGAUCCGCGACAGCAUGAUUUCGACGCCUGCAGAGGUUGCACGGCCCGUGCGCCCUCUUGGCCGUGAGAGCAGCGAAGAGUUGGCGCUUUCAGACCGCUUGUUGUCAGUGCUGGACUCAGAUGCAGCCGCCACCCCUAACAAGAGGGUCUUAGCAAAGCUUGAACACUUUCUGUCCGUGAAACCUGCCUCGUACCGCCUGGGCCACGAGCGUGCGCAGAAGUUCACUCCUCACUCAAAAUUUAUACCGAUUUGCGGUAAUCGCAGUCACACCAAUGCGCUCGCAAGCAUUGCGUCAAUUGCAGGCAAUCGAGUGCUGUCGCUGGACUGGAAUCAGCUAGCAGGCGCAGAUCAGAGCACCCCUGGUUUGAGCAGGUGCGUGCAAUCGAAAAUCCACCAUAUUCCCAACUUAAAACCGCAGACAGACAAGACUCUGGGCGACUGCUCCUACCUUGAUACCUGCCACAAGCUCAGUACAUGUAGGUACAUGCACUACCUACAGUACGUCCCCGAGUCGUUAGUUCAAUCUGUCGCGGCGCGCAGCAGGGAACUGAACGACGCAGAGAGUGACUCCAAAAGCAUAUGCCUCUACACCCGCAACCUCUGUUGCUCUGUUGCUUCAAAAUCUGUGCUCCCAGCUCAAUGGAUACAGUGUGAUGUUCGCAAGUUUGACUUUAGCGUGCUUGGUCAAUUCUCCGUGGUGGUUGCUGACCCCGCCUGGAAUAUCCGCAUGAAUCUGCCCUAUGGAACAUGUAACGACUCGGAGCUAACUGACCUACCUCUGGAGUUGCUGCAACGUGAGGGCGUCCUCUUUCUUUGGGUCACUGGGCGUGCCAUUGAGGUCGGGAAAGAGUCACUGCGAAAGUGGGGAUAUGAAGUGUGCAACCAAAUUUCCUGGGUCAAGACUAACCAGCUCGGACGUACUAUUGUUACAGGACGUACCGGGCACUGGCUAAAUCAUUCAAAAGAGCAGCUCCUGGUGGGCCUGAAGGGACAACCGGAGUGGCUUAAUCGACAAUGUGAUGUCGACCUGAUUGUUUCAGGUAGCCGUGAGACCAGUCGCAAACCAGACGAACUUUACGAGAUGAUUGAGAGGAUGGUUGGCCCGCAUGCCCGCAAGCUCGAGAUCUUUGGUCGUGAUCACAACACCAGGCCUGGUUGGUUUACCAUUGGAAAUCAGCUGACCGGUGACAGUCUCUGCGAGCCUGACGUUCAACGAAAAUACCGCCAAUUUCUGCACACACAGAGGACCAGUUAUGGUUGUAGCUCUGUUGCUGCUUGA